GGCUGGAGCUAUGUGUCCAAUGAUGUAUAUUUAAAUCGUUGGUUGUGUCUCGCACUGCUGUCAAUACCACACCACCCAACAUAUUAAUGCAAUGCAAUGGGAAUAUAACGAUCAUGGCUAAGAAACAAAUGUUGUUAACGCUUCUCGUCCUGGGCUUAUUCAGAAGUUAUGAUGCUUUGUGGUGUAACUGUACUACGGCCCAGUGUCAGAAGACUGGCUCCCAGUGUGAGACGGAUGGGGCCUGCAUGGCCUCCACGUCCUUCAUCGACGGCCAAGAGCAGCACAUUCGUAUCUGCAUCACCCGGGAUAAGCUGGUACCCCCGGGCCAGCCCUUCUACUGCCUGAGUGCUGAGGGCCUCCUCAACACACACUGCUGCUACACUAACUACUGCAACAGCCUCAACCUCAAAGUUCCCUCUGUGACGUUGCGGCCGGGCCUGGUGGGCGGCUUUGGCCCUGAUGGUACAUGGGGUCCAGUGGAGCUGGUGGCAGUGGUCGCAGGGCCCGUCUGCCUGCUGUGUGUGCUGCUAAUCAUGGCUGUGUUCCUGUUCCAGUACCACCAGAGGGCCUACAGCCACAGGCAGAGGUUGGAGGUGGAGGACCCCUCCUGUGACCACCUCUACAUGGCCAAGGACAAGACCCUGCAGGACCUCAUCUAUGACAUGUCCACCUCUGGAUCAGGAUCCGGCCUCCCUCUGUUUGUCCAGCGGACGGUAGCCAGGACCAUCGUGCUGCAGGAGAUCAUAGGGAAGGGGCGUUUCGGAGAGGUAUGGCGGGGCCGCUGGCGAGGAGGAGACGUGGCAGUGAAGAUCUUCUCGUCCAGAGAGGAGCGCUCCUGGUUCCGGGAGGCUGAGAUCUACCAGACUGUCAUGCUGCGCCACGAGAACAUCCUGGGAUUCAUCGCCGCGGACAACAAAGAUAAUGGCACAUGGACCCAGCUAUGGCUGGUGUCAGACUACCACGAGUACGGCUCUCUGUUUGACUACCUGAACCGCUACUCUGUGACCAUCGAGGGCAUGAUCAAACUGGCACUGUCGGCUGCCAGCGGCCUGGCACACCUGCACAUGGAGAUCCUGGGCACGCAGGGUAAGCCUGGUAUUGCCCACCGGGACCUCAAGUCUAAGAACAUCCUGGUGAAGAAGAACAGUACAUGUGCCAUCGCUGACCUUGGGCUGGCAGUGCGCCACGAGUCCACCACCGACACCAUAGACAUCGCUCCCAACCAGAGAGUGGGCACCAAGAGGUACAUGGCCCCUGAGGUUCUGGAUGAGAGCAUCAACAUGAGGCACUUUGAUUCGUUUAAGUGUGCAGACAUCUACGCUCUGGGCCUGGUGUACUGGGAGAUCACACGCCGCUGCAACGCUGGAGGUAUCCAUGAGGAGUACCAGCUGCCCUACUAUGAUCUGGUGCCCUCUGACCCCUCCAUAGAGGAGAUGAGGAAGGUGGUGUGUGACCAGAAACUACGGCCCAACGUGCCCAACUGGUGGCAGAGCUACGAGGCCCUGCGUGUAAUGGGGAAGAUCAUGAGGGAGUGUUGGUACGCCAAUGGAGCCGCCCGCCUCACCGCCCUGCGCAUCAAGAAGACCCUGUCCCAGCUGAGUGUCCAGGAGGACAUCAAAGUCUGAGAUGGUUCUGUCCCAAAAACCUGAGGAGAGCGCUAGGGACCCUGUCCCGCACUAAAGUAUACUGAGAGAGAAAGAGCGGGGGACAGUGUCUUUUCCAAUGAACGCACAAGCUAACAAAAGAAAAGAAUGCAAUGACAAAAGCAAAAUGUAAAAAGAACACUAUAUAAAAACUUUCCUGCCAGUCUUUUUAAAGCCACCACUGUUUGAGUUGUGACAAGCCCUACCUCGCCUAUUCAGCCAAAACUACUGACAACCCCUGUCCUUCCCUGUCCCCAACCUACCCCACCCUUCUGUCCCUGCAGCCCCCUUCCCCGUUCUGUUCCUACUAAAAUGGCUGCCAACGCAAUUACUGCUACUACUACUACUACUACUACUACUGACAAUGCCCAUGUUAAUCUCAAUGGCAGGAUAUAUACAACUGUGUAUUUAUUAACAGAAUGUGUAAUUUAAUUCUAAACCUUUUUUUUUUUUUACUUUCCCCAAAGACUUAUCAAAGGACACUAAUGGUUUUACCCUAUACAUUAAUUUAUUUUUGUUCUGUUUGUCUUUAUACUGUAUUCAUGCCAUGUUGACUCGAUAUUGGGAGAGGUCUAGCUGUUUUCUUUGUCAGGGAGUAUAUAAGGGGAAGGUAAAGUCUUUCUAUGAAUGCUGUGUAGGGGUCAUUCCACCAAUUCAGUGCCUUUUGAGAUAUCUAACUUGGUGGGGGAAAAAACUUUUGAUUUCACCUCAUUUUUACAUUCUGUCAUAAAGAGCACAUGUUCAACUUAAUAAAAAAACAUGUUUUCCCAUCUCGAGGUUAAAUCAAAUUUAAAAAAAAAAAGACUAGUAUGUGCCUAAUUAAGUAAAGUAUAUAGGUUGACUAACAGUGUAGACGAUUUCUUCUUAAAUCAGCCAUGAAUCCACUUGUGACAGGGGAAAUGGAAGCUUAUUGUGUGCAACAGGGAGGGGCAAUUGAAUGCAAGCUUCACAACAACUAAAAUAUUUUUAAAGAUUUUAKYCUGUCUAUCUAUGAGUAACAUGGUUGAUGGGUUAUACUUGACCCACUCAGUUUUCCACCACAAAACACCAGAAAUGGCCAGAAAGAGUAGAACCUGCUCACUUGCUUUUACACUAGGAUUUGACUAUUAGAUGUUCGGAGUUCCACCAUAUUAAAACGAGAGUUCAGUUCACGUAACAGGGUUUUUUCUCCUUAAAAUGAAUCAUCACAUUUUAAAAUAUAUAAUAAUCUUCAGAAAUGACUUUGUCAAAGCAAAAAAUUAAAUAGGGCUUUGCAAUUAUGGUGAAAACUUGGAACAAUAUUGRGGUUAAAAACCUCUACRGGAUCGGUGUCCCUAUACCGGGACGGUUGAGCUAACAUGCGCUAAUGUGAUUAGCAUAACGUUGUAAGUAACAGUAAAC